AUGCCUUCUCCUCACUUGGAGUCAGGCAUCCUCCCCAGUGCAAACUCACUCCCAGCUCCUGCAUCACCCAAACACAUCCCAGCAAUUGGGAGGAUCCAAGUAAACAAGACCUUCUACAAGGUGCUUGAUGUAUUAUUCUUGAGCACAGGCUUUCUAGGAAGGGGUACUGUGUGUUCCCUUGCAUGCUACAAUGGGGAAUACUAUGUCAUCAAGGAUUAUUGGGUGGAGGAGUCAGAGCAGAGGACAGCCCUGCAUGAAGUCAACAUGAUGAAGCUGGUCCAGGACAUCAACAGAGUUCCCAAGUUGCAACACUACUGGGUCAUUGAGGUUGAGCUGGGCAUUGUCAAUAAAACUGAACAAUAUCGUGAUGAGAAGUGGCAAUUGUGCAUGAAGUCUCAGAGAACUCUGUUCAUAUUAGUGAAAUUUUCUUCAGUCUCUUACACUGGGCACAAGCAGGCUCUCAAGAGGGGUGUCCUCCAUCAAGAUUGUAGCAUCAACAAUACAAUGAUCGAGGACUUCACAAAUGGGUCACACAACUUUCUCCUUGACUGGGAAUUUGCUGUGCAGGUCACAUUACAGGGGGAAUAUGACUUGGGUGGUGCAGAAGCCAUCACUAAAAGUGGAAAGACUAAUGUCCCAUCAAUCUGGAAAAAUGGUAUUGAAUCCCUGUUCUAUGUUUUCAUCUGGAUCCUCAUCCUUUAUGAUGGGCCACUUGGCCACAAGUGUCAAGAUAUCAGCCAUGAAAAGACACUUCUUGGCUUGUGGAGUGAAAAGGUGGCCAAAGAUCUCAAAAUCACCAGAUGUGCCAAGUUCACAUUCCUUAAUGACCCAUCUGAAUUGAGGCUGGAUUCCAAGGUCUCGCAAUAUUUUCAAGAUCUAAUCCCUCUGGCUAACAAGUGGUGCAUAUUGCUUGGGCAGUCCCUGCUGAGCAGAACUGCAGUGCAGUUCUCUGACAUUAUCUCCCUUUUUGAUCAUUUCUUGGCCAGCAUGCCAUACAAGAAACCACCGGAGAUGAUGAAUGCAUUCCAGCAGAUCAUCACCCAACACAAAGCACUUAAUUCAAGCAUGCAUCUGAGUCAGGAGAACAACAUGGAUGUCAUGUCUUUGGCAAUUACAUCUUCUAAACGCCUUUGUGAAGAGGUAAGGAGCAUGGAUAACCCUCCUAUACCCAAUAAAUGCUUCAAAGGAAGCCCACCCAUCGAUCUCAAAGAGUCUCAGUCUGUUGCCACAGUGGGACUCUGUCAUAGUGGAAGGGCAGGGGUGGGUUCAGGUGGAAGGGCCAAGCAAUUGGAGCAGAUUGGUACUGCCCUUGAAGGCCAAGCUACACCGCCACAAAAGUUGACAGAUCUCCCCAACAAUUCUGUUGUAAAUCCUCUUGCACCUCCACCCACUUGGCAGAAGAAGGGUGGGGGCCACAGUGCUGGCCAGAAUGCAAAACCGAAGAAUCCUGUCCCUCAGUCUUCAACAGCAGUAGCAACACCUGUCUUCCAUCAGCACCCCACAGACUCCCAUCACUUUGGUUUCAGUGUUCUGGCUCAACAGCCAGGUCAUAUCAUGCCUCCUGGGAUGGAACCUGACCUUCAAGUGCUCAAUAAUCCUUAUACUACUGUGAUUCAGGGAGACCAAGUUCCCAGUAAUACAUCUCAUCUGCCAACACCCCAGCCCAACUACCAGUCUUGGUUUAUCCCCCACCAGCAACCUGCUGCUGUCCCUGACUCUUGUAUCAACCCCUCCCUUGAUAGCUCACUCUCAUUGAGACAAACUUCAGCAACUGCUGAUGUUUGCCACAAGAGUUUGGAGAAGCUGUCAUCAGAGGGCUCCUCAGAAGAGGAGUCAGAGUCCUCGAGUAAUAACCCAUCGGAUGCAGAGGCUGGUGAGGUCUCCAGCAAUGAGUUUGACAAAGAUGAGGAUGAUGCAUUUGGAUGGGGUGCAACGAAUCUUAGGCAAUCAACUCAUCCUGGCUUCUCCCAAGAAAUGAUGACAAGCAAUCCUAUUCGCCACAAUUCCUUACCCCCUGACCAUGAGUUUCAGUACUCAUGUGAUGAGGAUGAUGAUGUGGCUCUGCAAAGCUUACAAUCCAAGGACAAGGCUCAGCCAGAGGGUUCCCAAUGUGGCACUGUCAUUGACGUUCUUGAAUGCCACCAUCGCACUAAUGGCCAUCCUGUUCCCGAUCAUGAUCUUCUGACCCUUGCACAUGACUUGGUCAACGAAGUAUCUCAGCACACCAGAGCCCCUCAUAACUCCAAGAAAGCUAAGGAUGAGGGCCCAUUGCCUUCACAACUGAGAUUUUACAAGGCAGUAUGGAAGGACUGUCUCAAAGAUGCUAAGCAAAGGUGCUCAUCACUGUUGUCAUUGAGUGGAAUCAAUGCAGUGUGCAAUUUGAAGAUGCCUAACCACAAGCAAGAUAUGGCUGUUAAGAUAUCCCAAUACUCAGCACUCUAUGUGCACAGAUUUUACACACCUAUGUGCACAGAGUCACUCCUUGGUGAUAUAUCUACCUGGUGUUUGGAAUUGAAGUCAGUUAUGCUGGCAACCAUGCCAUCCAUGUUCAACCUUAUCCCUCCUUCUGAUGUUGCACCACGGGUUCAUGUACAAUGGAUAGAGACUGCUGCCACAAAGCUCCUUGACAACUUGCUUUUCCUGGAAAAACCAGGAAUUUUGCUCACCCCACCCUCAAGGAAGCUGUCAUACAAUUCUACUACACUGGGACCUAUUGAAUUGUGGAUAAGCAUCCUGAGUCCUUCAACAAUUCAGUUCCUCUUUCCUGUCUGGCUCUCAUUGCAGCCAUGUAUCAUUAACAGCACAGGAAAGAUGAUGCCUCAAUUCUCUGGCAAGGCUUACAAUUCCAUUUUCCAUGGCAUGAUGAAGGUGCUGAACAACAUCCUUCAUAAUCCCUAUCACGGUGCAAGGUUGCAUGAUCAGCUUUCUCAGUGGGCAAAGGAUGGAUGGGCUGCACUGCAAGAGGUUGAUUUGAAUGUAGAGAGGUACCAGCACAUUCAGGCAGUCCUUGAUUGA